CUUGUCAAAACAGGGGAGCCCUAAACCCAUUCUAGGGCUCUUGAGGGUUUUUGCGCCAUGGCGCCGGCCGCUGGGAGCAAGAAGAAGACCAAGAGCAAGCGGUCCGGCGUUGGAAUCGACUUCAAGAAAGUGAAGCACAAGGUUGGUCGGAAGAUCCCUGCUCCUCAGAACGCGACUAAGGUCGAGUUUAAGUCGAAGAAGAUUGUUUUGCACGAACAAAGUGUGAAGGUGGACAAGGAUGGAUUGGCUGUGAACCAGCGGAACAAAACGCUGAAAGAGCUUCUCAAUCAGAUUGCUCAUUACAAUGCGAGAGUCCGGAAAGACGCUUUGAUGGGAAUAAAGGAUUUGUUCUCGAGGCAUCCCAAGGAGCUCGAAUGCAAUGCCAUAACUACGAUCCAGAAACUGACUUCUCGUUUUACUGAUGGGGACAAAGCUGUGAGACAUGCGUUAUUGUUGGUGCUACGAGAAACAUUUUCCAGCGUUUCGAAGAGUGUUAUGAAGCCCAUUGUUUCCAUAGUGAUGGCUCACUUGGGGACUGCUAUGACACAUAUGGCAAACGAUAUUCGUUUAGACGCGUUUGCCUUUCUCGAUCUCUUGCUUCAGCACUAUUCAUCAUUACUAAUUCCUAUGUACACUAGCCAGAUAUUUGACCAUUAUAACCAUUUCCUUGGUUUCGGUGGCUCGCAUAACUUCGAUCCAAAUGCAACGCUUACGGUUGUAGGCAGCUUAACACGCGUCUUAUCCGUUGUAAGCACUUCUGGCUCGUCCGACACAACUUGUACGAUUGGAACGUGUCAUAGGUGGUCGCAAAAGUACGACUUACAGACGCUGAGGCCGUUGCAUGGGUACAACAGCAUCGCUGCUGACAUCUCAGAGAAAUCUUUCGCUACAAGCUCUGUCGAUUCUAGCGGUUCCGGCACGAAAUGGAUUGACAUAAGCGCUUCAUUAGUGGACGCCCUUCUAAAAUGCUGGGCUGAACUGGCGCCAACCGUCUGCUCCAGUCCGUUGCCUGAUGCCGUGAGCCUGGAUUGCAUGGUUUCAAUAACCAGAUGCCUAUGUCUACUUUUUGAGUGGCUAGAACGCUCGCCGGAGAGUUGUCAGAUGAAGAUGGAGCUGAGACACAGGUUUCUUUUGCCAUGCUCGAGUCGACUAAUGGCCAGUUUUCCAAUGUCAGCUCCUGCAGUUCGAACCAUUGCCAAGAUUGAAGAAUGCUUGUGUGCACUCAAUGCCGGGAUAUGCGAGACGAUCUUGCACUUUGUUGUUGCUGGAUUGCACGACUUCGAUUUUACUAACGUCCUGCAGUAUUACGAGGGUGCUUUGCUAGGAAAGCUGCUGUCGUUGUCCCUGUUCUCGUUUUCUGCGAGCCACAACAAAGCAUUGGAUCCCUACAUAAAAUCCUUGCUAGCAUUUGCUCCUCUUGUGUUUGACUAUGCUGACAUUAACUGGAAGUUCAAAGUGUUACAAGCCAUAACAAAUGCUUUCGAUCGCAGCACUCCAGAAUCUAGUAUUAAACUUGGAUGCCUUACUGCAAUGUCCAAAAUUCUCCUUUCAGAAAGUCAGGACCGUAAAGAAACCCAAGCUCCCUCUGUUGCUGAGCAGUUCAGUAAGAAAUGGCUGGUGUCAUUUCCCAGGCUUCUUUGGGAGCUCAAGUGUAAUCAACUUGCGUCUUCAAAGAUUGUUCUAGAGAUGCUACUCCGCCUUGGAAAGUUUGCAGUAGCUGGCUCUACUUUAGCAACAGAUUUUGGAAUGCUUCAAUCGGCAAUGAUACCGUUUUUCUGCACUGUGUUGCCAGCCAAGGAAACGCCAGACAAGUAUUUGUACGGUCCGUUUAUUAAGCUUCCUAGGGACUGCCAAGAGAUUGCGGUCGACGUAUUGUACUACUUCAGCGGCUUCCAACCUUUCUUUCUCAAAGCACUGUUAGCUUGCUGUCUGUCUCCGGACAUGGAUCUGCAAACUUUGGUCCGUUUGUUGGAAGUGGUGCGAGUGUCCUUUGUUCAAGGUCGGGUUGAAGUUGCAAACUUUUUCAGUUUCCUUCUUACGCUGGUGGUGGAGUGCUCGCAUGCACACGAAACUGCUGAAGAGAGAAAGAAACACUGGAUAAUACUGGGUGUGGUGUCCCGUAGCCUAUUCCAGAUUGGAGAUAUCGACGUAGUUAUGCAUUUGUUGGCCAAGCCAAUGUCCGAACAUCUGUCGGCUCGGCCUUCCCCAAUGUUGUUAGCUAGUUCACUAAAAGUUCUGGCUACUCUGAGCCACGAUGUGGAACAUGUGGAGGUCCCUGAGUUGCUAUUGAGCGUUCUGGUGGCGCAAACCGCGAGCUUUGCGGUUUCAAGACUUCUGGCUAAAGACCAAAUGGUGAUGGUUAUUGUUCGCAAUGCGGUGGACUUAGUUUUCAAGAACAAGAGGUUUGCACAAUCCUUGAUGAAGGAAUUAGCUCUGAAUCUCUCAGGUGGCAAAGAUCAAGUUUAUGCUGUGGGAGUUUUGACGAACGAAAUAUGCAAGCAAAAAGCGAUCCAGAAGCACCUCAAGUUUUCAGAUGUUAGUGAGAUAUUUCGAGCAGUAAAGACAAUUUUGAAGGAGGCACGCAUGGACCAAGCUAAGUCCAAGCAGCUUUUCCACUUAGAGAUCAGCAUCCGAGAUGCGUUUGGAUCGCAAGUCCUAGUUUAAGCUGUGGCAAAGAGCUCGGGUAUUCCGUGGCUUUUGGGAAUCCUGUGCUUGAGCUUUAAUAUUAUCUGCCGCAUCCUGGAAAGGUCAGUCGAUUUUCGGGGCUUGGCGAUGGCGGCAUCAGUUUUUUU